AUGAAAGUCACUCCUAAAAAACCUCAUUUCUUCAAACCCAUUUUGCCAGGUUUCAAGGAUAGUCUUAAAAUUCCUGUAGAUUUUUGGAAGUAUCUGAAGGGACACAAACAUAUGAAAAAUGCAAUACUGAGGAGCGCGGGUAAGAGGUGGGUGGUGAAGGUGAAGCGUGGAUGGCUGGAAGAUAACUGGAAAAUAUUUGUAGAGGAUGUUAAUCUUCAAUUGGGAGAUAUUUUAGUGUUUAGACAUGAAGGAGAUAUGGUGUUUGAUGUUUCCAUUUUCGAUUCGAGUCAUUGUGAGAUAGUAUCUAUAAGAAAAACACAACGCCAAGAAAUUUGA